UAUUCUCUUCCACAGAAUGGAGAUUACGCCUUUGCCUAUGCCGUGGACUCUCCUGAUUAUAGUAACUUUCAUGACCGGGCAGAAGCCCGUUCUGGCGAUGAAACCCGUGGCCGCUUCAGAGUAGCUCUCCCUGACAACAGACUCCAGACAGUAUUGUACAGAGCUGACGGGAAGGGAUACACUGCUUUCAUCUCCUACGAUGACCAUCCCGAUUUCUCAGCCUUAAGGGCUUCCAUCGGCCCCAUAGGAGCAGCGCCUGAGAUCGGCCAGUCAGUGCUGGAGAGCAUUAGGAGAGGGGAGAACUGGAAAGCUCAUAAGGACCAAAAAGAUGGUAGACGACCCGACCAUGAACCACAAGACACAAGUCACGAGGAGCUCGACAAUACGGUCGUGUCGACAUCUAGGCGGGUUCAACCCACGACUAGGCAGUCAAGAGUAUCGAGUGCGCCACGGCGACAACCAACGCCAUCACGCCCAUCUACCUCUUCUCAAGCUGCAAGCCGAAGACCAGCCACGAAGCGUCCUGCAAGUCCAGCAUCUCAGCGUCUCAGAACUGCUACCCCCGUCGCUUCUGCACCCUCCACCAGCAAGGAACCUAUUUCCCUCUUUAUUUCUGAAGAUUUCUACGAUGACGAGAUCCUAAAUCGCUUAAUGAAAGCAAUUAAUAAAGAAGCAUUGAAGGAUGCUCAGGAGGCGCCAUUAGAUGACGAUUCCGAGGAAAAGGCCCUAUCGACACACGUAUCGGGGAUAAACCCAGCGGGGGCCCGACUGAAAGCCGGGGGUUCACAGGGUUCAACUGGCCCACCGAGCCCCUCCGGGGGUUAA